AUCAAUUAUAUAGACUCUGCUUGCUAGAUGGAUUCAUUCGUCUCACAUAAUUUCACAUAAAUUGAUGGGAUUUUUUCGUUUUACGGCGAAAUCUUUUAAUUGAAAGUAAAAAUCACUUGUUAAUUUGUCUGACGUUACAUAUUUUUAUUCUGUAGUGAAGUGGUUAAAAAAUGUGAUAUAAAAAGUUUGAAAAAUAAAAGGAAAUAUUUACGCCAAGAAAAAUAUAAUAUUACAAAACGUAACAAAUGCUAAUCAGAAUUAAAAGUAAAUAAUAAAAUAUGGAAAAUUUUAAUCCAACUGUGAAUGAGUGUGUGAGCGUGUGAAGUAACAAGAAUGAAAAAAUUAAAAGAGUUUUAAUUCAAUUAUUAAUAAUAUUUUCGUAAAAAUAACAAUAAAAUAUUAAUUUUAUCUAUUAUUGGGGAAUAGUUAUAAAAAGGUUCAUCAAAUAGAUUCGCAAAUAGAAAUAAUUUUUAAAGGCAGCCUGCUCUGAAUUGAAGAAAUAUGGCCAUGCAAGUUGGUCAUAAUAUUAAAAAUAAUUUUGACUUCAAUACUCAACUAAUUCGGCUCCACGUUUACAAGACUUGUACGAACAUCAACAUUUGUAAAUAUUACGGUGAACGAUAAUAUUUUCGACAGUCUCUUCGAUAGUGGAUUGUUGUGAAUAGUAUGUGUUGACACCUCUAAGUGACCAGAGUAUUUUAAUAAGCAAAAAAAUCCAAUACACGUCCAUAACAUUCCAUCUAAUCUACAACGAAUACUAGCUGACUGCACUUAAUGUUACUGCUUCAAUUCAUCUAUUAUAAAAAUGGCAUCAUCUACGUUAAAGCAAAACUAUAAAGUUCCGUCUACUAGCAAAGUUUCAGUAGAUAAACUUCUACGAGUGGGAUGCUACGAUUUAGAGAAAACUAUUGGAAAAGGCAAUUUUGCAGUUGUUAAAUUAGCAUCAAAUAUUAUAACCAAAACUAAGGUAGCUAUAAAAAUAAUCGAUAAAACAUGUCUUAAUGAGGAAUAUCUUGCCAAGACGUACCGUGAAAUUUCAAUCUUAAAAAAACUUCGACAUAGACAUAUAACACGAUUAUAUGAAGUGAUGCAAUCUGAAACAAUGAUCUACUUAGUUACUGAAUAUGCUCCUAAUGGCGAAAUAUUUGAUCAUUUGGUAGAAAACGGCCGAAUGAAAGAACCAGAAGCCGCAAGAGUCUUCACACAAUUGGUAUUUGCUGUAGAUUAUUGCCAUUCAAAGGGCGUGGUGCAUCGAGAUUUAAAAGCCGAAAAUGUACUUUUGGAUAAGGAUAUGAACAUAAAAUUAGCAGAUUUUGGUUUUAGCAAUCGAUAUGAAGAAGGAAAUUUUUUAAGAACAUGGUGCGGAUCGCCACCUUAUGCAGCACCUGAAGUAUUUCAAGGUUUAGAAUAUGAUGGCCCCAGAGCUGACAUAUGGAGUUUGGGUGUUGUUCUAUAUGCUUUGGUAUGUGGUGCAUUGCCAUUCGAUGGUAAAACUUUAUUGGAACUUAAAAGUCGAGUCGUAACUGGAAAAUUUCGGAUUCCCUAUUUUAUGUCUCAAGAUUGCGAGCAUCUUAUUCGCAAUAUGUUAGUUGUUGAACCUGAUCGACGUUUUACCUUAAAACAAAUAAUUAAACAUAGAUGGUUAAGUGAAUGGAUUGCUGAAGUUGAAAGAGAAUGUCAUCAAGUGAGGCAGCCAUAUAAUUCGAAUUCAAAUACUUUGUCUCAAAGUAGUACUACUAUCAAUUGUACUGAAGAACUAUCAACUAUUUCUAAUCAAACAACAACCAACUCCACAUCAGUACCUAAUUUAGAUUCCGUUGUUAUGUCUCAUAUGUUACAGUUAUCUGGUUUAACUGCAGACAAAAUUGCCCAAUCCGUACACGAACAUCGUUUCGAUAAUAUUUACGCAAUUUAUUAUCUACUCUACGACAAGUUACAGCAAAAACGUAUAGAACACCAAAAAAUCAAUCAACAUGCUAGUAGAGCUAGAUCUCGUACCAGCAUAACCACUGGCGUGGUAGAUCGUUCGGAAAUCAUACAUCAAGAUACAAUAGAUCGAUUAAGCCCUAUAAACAAUACUGGUGUUAAUCAAACGGGCAUGGAAUAUAUGUGGUCAGAUAUUUCUGUGAAUUUAGAAAAGUAUGGUGAUAUUGACCUUGAUUGUAUACAGAGACAAAGCGAGAAUUUCAAUCAAAACCAAUUAUGCACAAACGUAACAUCAGUUUCUCAUGUGAGUGGAAACACCAGACGUCAUACUGUUGGACCCGGAGAUGUUGCUCAUGAACAAGCACUCCAAGACCCUAACGUUGUACCGUUAGAUUUCAAAAAUGAACCUCGAAAUAAUCAGCAACAUGCUGGGAACCAUCCUCCUAUAAAUUUACCCAUGUUACAAAAUCAACCCCUACAUUACUUAACCAUCAAAGACCAACACUUGCUAAAACCACCACUAGUUAUGGGUGCAACUGGAUCGUUUAAUCGGCGAGCUUCAGAUGGAGGAGCCAACUUACCGUAUUGUUUUACAACUGGACAACAACUAAACCAAACACAUCAGGAUCACAAUAUCCCCCCCGAUACAUUUUACAUAGAUCCUUGUGUCAAUGAGUUGACAGGUUCAAACGCAAAUGAGCAAUUUACAUCAGAUGUAACAUCUAUUAAAACUUCAAAUACUAUUCAGGAUGAGGGAUCUGACGAAAUACAAAGAUAUAUGAAGAAACGUGGUUGUACUAAACGCCACACCGUUGGUUGUACAGAAGAUCUUUCCGUGUCUCGCCACCCAGGUGAACAGCAGAACUUGCCUCAUGUAUCGGUAAAUUUAAAACCUCAGACGCCAACAGGAGUUAUUUCUCAAAAUGCUGGCUGUGUAGGUGGUGGAAUGCGUACGAGGCGUACAGGUUUACUUACUGUAACAGAAAGACCUCCCGUUAUAAGUCCUGAACUUAUACGUGAGGUUGAAUCACGUAUGAAUCGAAAUUAUUUGCCGCCAGCGCUAAAAUUACAGAGUAAUACAUCUGUUAGUUUAAGUCAGUCACCCCCAAAGUCCUCUGGUGGCCAUUCUUAUGUAGGCGGUACUUAUUAUAAUUCUUCACCAAUUAGUUCUCCAUACCCUACAGUGGGGUCUUCUCCAAUGUGUAAUCCGCCAACUUUAUCAUUAGCUUCGGCAUCUUCUGCCACUUCUGCAGUUAAUUACCCUAGUAGACGAAUUUAUGGCAAAGCUUGUAAAUUGCCACCUGUUCAAGAAGUUGGUCGCUAUAGUCCCGUAAGACGAGCAUCCGAAGGAUCUAAGACUCAAUUUCAAGGACCAUUGCAAGAAUGUCAAUAUCUACAAAAGGGUAUUGCACAACGAAAUUUUCUGGUAGCGCCUAGUCCACCGCUUUUAGAGAACUCAAUUAGUUUACCUGGAUCACCUAUACAUGGUAAACCGUCAAGUGCACAUAACAUCUUUCGUCGCAGCGGUGGUGGAAAUAUGUCGUCUGUUCACGAAAUAGAAAUUCCAGAAGAAGCGUUAAAAUCUAUAAUGCCUUUAUUAGACCAGUUAAUUAAAGAGCAGCGUAUAACCGUGGAAUUAGUGAAUAAGAUUUUGUUAACUCGACAAAUACCAAUGGAUUUAGCUGGACAUUUCGGUUUAUUGGCUCACAGUUCUGCGGCUAGUUGUGGUAGCCACAUAGAUAAUGUAGGAUCUUAUUUGCAACAACAAAUGUUUAGUCUUAGUGUUUCUCCCUUAUCCCUGCCAAAUUCUGCAAAUUCUAGUCACAUACAAAUGAGUGGUGUAGAUCAAACUAGCGGUGUUAAUAUGGCUAGUAGUGGCCCCUUAGUUCAGCAACAAAGUUCUCAAAAUUCAACAAUUUCUGAAGUAAACGCCAUGGAAGGUUUACAUUCCAAACAAUUACUUGAUAUAGGUUAUGCUCAACAAAGUGGAUUAAUCAGCACAUAUCCCGGCAUCGGUUCCGGUUGUCAAUCACCAGUUUAUAGUAGUUUCAGUGGAACGACAUCUCCGAAUCCCUAUGUGCCAAAUACGUCUUUGUUUUGUGGUAGCAGUCAAGGAGCCGGCGGUUCAUCCCCCUUGCAUCAAAUCACUAAAGGUAUAUCAUAUCUGACUACCGGCGGUGGUGGUUCUAUAACUCGAGGUACAUCAGCAGCAAGUGAAAUUACAAAUCAGCCUUUAGAUUUAUCUAUGGAUGUCUGCAACUCUGAAGAUUCGGAAACCCCACAGGGCUCAUUAACACCACAAAACUGGUUUGUACCGUCUUCGCCUUACUAUGAUUUAAAACCACUAAAUUUGUCACCAAUUCAACCUGUUAGAGUUGUUUCCACACCUCCAUCUUCUCCUAAUUUAUGUAUAAUACAGGAAGAAAAUGCUAACGGACAAAUGUGCCAUACAAUUUCUACUGGCACCCCUUAUGUCGGUUGUACUGGAGGUGUUACUCCAAAUACAUGUCCGGAAGUCAUAAAUUUAGGAGACGAUAGCACAUCUCCUGGCCAACAACUGUCACAUCCCCAAAUAUGUUUAACAGAUGUCCAAGGAAGUGAAAUCACUCUUGUAGCGUUAUCAUCAGAAAACAGUAGAGACAGUGAUUGCGAAUCAUUGGAUCAGAACAACAUGUCCCUAAUGUCAUUGCAAGGUUUAAUAAUUACAGAACCUUCUAGCGAUAUGCCAUCUAUAACAAGAGGCAUUGGGCGUAAGACUAGCUUGGAAACAGAUGUUAAUUCAAGUAUAUCGCAACCAUCAACAAGCUCCAAUCAACCAAAUGAUAGAAGAGGAAGCGAUAAAUCUUUAGGGUUUUCAGAUGACUCAUUAAGCAAUGAUUCUAACAAUCUCUCACCAUGUCAAGAACCAUCAGCUUCAUCAGGCUUUAAGUCUGAUUCACAUUCAGAAAUAGGUGAUCACACAGAGGGACAUUUGACUCCUGAUUCAAUGUGUGACUCACGCCGUAUGUCAGAAGAAAUGUGCUACGAAGUUCCAUUACCACAUGAAUGUUCAAAUUUGGAUACAACACGAAUAUUACAAAUGGUAAAACAAACUAUUGAUUCAACAAUGCCACCAAAAGGGUUCACCCUUCAUAGUGCAGAUGAUUUCACGACGACUUCAACAUCAUCUGCUACUAAUACAAGUAAUUGGCCAGAGACUAAGUUGAGCAGUGCAUCUACUGGUACAACUGAUUCUUCACAAUAUUCGGCGGAUAUGUCAACGUCUUCAACUGCUACAAAUUUAAGUUUGGAAUACUCUGGAGGUUUGCAAAUUGAAGUUCAAGUUUGUGAAGGUCGUAAUAGAGACAAUCAGACUACCAGUAAAGGCAUAAAACUGCGGCGCAUAUCAGGAGAUCAAUUUGAAUAUGGAAAGUUAUGUCAACAGUUAAUAAGUCAACUCACUAUGCAACAAGUAGCGGUUUAAAUAUAAAAAUAAUCCAUUGACAUCGCUUCAAACUACCGACAGUUAUUUUGUACUGAAUAUCCUGGCUCAAACUUUAAUUUAAUUAAAUACGUCAUCAGAUUAAAAGACUAUAGUUAAUUUAGUUAUUAUUCCAGUUUAUACUAAUAAAAUCAUUAUGUUUAGUGCAAUCAACUUGAUUAUCCCUCUGUACAAAUUCAAAUCUAUCAAUUACAUUGCCAUUAACGAAUUGAAAAAUGCAAAUGAUUAACUUGUUAGGUUUCAUGUACAUAGAGGGUUAACAAUUUGAAAUACUGAAAAGGUUGGAAACGAAAAUAAA